AUAAGAUUCAAAGUGAAACAGAAGAUGAAUUAUAUGAUGUUAAUUCAGAAUUAAUUGAUACUAUUCAAGAUUUAAAUGAACUUGAUGAUAAUUCAGAUCUUGCAAAUGAUAUAUUGAAAUUAAACCAAACUUUACUUACUGAAGAUAGAAAUAUAAAAGAAAGAAUAGCAUUAUUAAGACAACCACCUUUACCUAAACGACCAGCUGAUGAUAAUAUAGAUGAAAAUUAUUUUCUAACAAGAAUAAUUAAUAAUGCAAAACAACAAAGAAAUGUGGGAGAAAAUACAAAUGCACAAAUUUCAUGGAUU